AUGGCAAGCAAUACCACAUACUAUCAUGUUUCAUCUUUCUUCCUCGUUGGUAUUCCUGGUUUGCAAGAUAUUCAUGCUUGGAUUGGUAUUCCUGUCUGCCUUCUAUUUAUCUUGACUCUUUUGGGGAACUGUGUAAUCAUUGUUACUGUGAAGAUAGAGCCAAGCCUCCACCAACCCAUGUAUUUCUUCUUGUGCAUGCUGGCAGUGAAUGAUAUGGCCCUUGCUUCUUCCACAGCCCCCAAGAUGCUUGGCAUCUUCUGGUUUGAUGCUCAUAGCACUGACUUUAACAUCUGCCUAGCACAACUGUAUUUUAUCCACACAUUUUGCAUUAUGGAGUCAGCUCUGUUAGUCACCAUGGCCUUCGAUCGCUAUAUAGCUAUUUGCAUCCCUUUGCGAUACACAACCAUCCUCACAACAUCAAUGGUCGUUAAAAUGUGUCUAGCUGGUGUGAUUCGAGCUACACUCAUGGUUUUGCCCUGUCCUCUCCUCAUCAACAGGUUGCCUUAUUUCACCAAGUAUGUCAUCAAUCAUGCCUACUGUGAACACAUGGCUGUGGUGAAGUUGGCCAGUGCCAACACCCUUGUCAAUAGAGCAUACGGAAUCUCUGUGGCCUUAUCAGUGAUGAUAUUGGACUUGGGGCUCAUAGCGGCAUCUUACAUCAAAAUCCUACAGGAAGUCUUCCGGCUGUCUUCCCAGAAUGCUCGCUCUAAAGCCCUGGGUACCUGUGCUGCUCACAUCUGCACUAUUCUUGUUACCUAUACACCAGCACUGUUUAGUUUUCUAACUCACCGCAUUGGUAAGAAAGUACCUCCAAGUGUGCAUAUUAUUUUUGCAAGUGUAUACCUUAUAGUUCCCCCCACUGUCAAUCCUCUAGUGUAUGGUGUCAAGACCAAGCAGAUUCGUGACCGAGUGGUGAGUCUUUUCUUCCCAAACAAGAAAAUACCUAAAAAUUAA